UUCGUAAAGAUGUUAAUUAUCAUGUGACAUUUCUCGCAAGUCAGCUGUUGCGAGUGCACGUUGGAUUUUUACGCAUUUUAUGCCUAAAUUUUUUAAUGUAAUGUUUUGUGAUUUAUUUAGCAUUUAAUUGCUAAGAUAAACAUGUCUGAGCACGAAGAAGAGACGAAUCCACUUUUAAGUCAUACAAAUUCUACGAGUACGAGUUACAUAUCAUGUGGAAACAGAACAGGAACUAAUUAUAGUGACAAAUUCAGAAGAUAUGCAUCGAGUUCUUGCAUAUUGUUAACCGUCUCACUAGAACGGAUUGCAUUUUAUUCCCUAGCAGGGAAUCUUUUUUUGUUUUUAUAUCAAAAACCCUUCGAAUGGCUUUAUUACAAUGCCAUGAAUGCACUGUAUGUGUUAACUGGUGUUACAUAUAUUUCCUCGUUUUUUGGAGGUUGGUUAGCAGAUUCCUUUCUCGGACGUUUCUGGACGAUUGUCGUAGCCCUGGUUUUGUACACCGCAUCUUACGGCGUGCUGACCAAGUUGGCGUAUUCUAAUAAUAAUACCGGCAUAUCCAACGUAUGCGUCGUCACCUCCUAUCCGAACCCUUCGGAUCAGGAACCGUGUACCUGGUUGAUCUAUUUGAUACUCGUGAUCAUUGGCAUCGCCACCGGUACGGUGAAGGCUAACAUUGCCCCUUUUGGAGCCGAUCAGGUGCGAGCCGCAGGACCCGACAGUCUUCGAGUGUUUUUUAACUGGUUUUAUUGGUGUAUAAACAUAGGUUCCUUUGUUGCAAUUGGUGCAAUUGCAUACAUCCAACAGUCUUAUCUGGGGUUUUUUAUUGGAUACCUAAUUCCUGCCUGUUUCUUAGGCAUUGCAAUAAUAAUAUUUAUUUUUGGUAAGCCUUUAUAUAUAACCCAGAAUCCAUCAGGAAGUGCAAUUAUGGCAGUUUUUGCAAUAUUGAAAGAAGCGUGGAAGUCGAAUCGUCGUCAGACAUCGAGAAUAAACAAUUCGGAAGUGGUAAAUAGUAACCGAAGUCUUGGAUCCCCUCCAUCCUGGUUAGAUAUGGCUAAAGUUCAGUACGGCGGAAAAUUUCACGAAGCCGUAGUCGAAGACGUGAAAACUCUUGGUAGAGUCAUGCUAGUUUUUGUAGCACUUAUUCCAUAUUGGCUGCUUUAUUUUCAGAUGCAAACAACAUUUUUAGUUCAAGGAAUACACAUGAAACUCUCUCCAAAUUUUCAACAUUCUUGCAAUUCUUCUGACAGUAGAAAGGAGGAGGAAGAAUUCUCUGUUCCUGCAGCCUGGUUGACCCUAUUUGAUAUCGUAUUUUUACUCAUUUUUAUACCAUUGAUGGACCGCAUCAUCUAUCCUUGUUUGGAUCGCCGCGGUAAAAAGAUUCCGCUUCUGUGCCGCAUAAGCCUUGGAAUGUUCUGUGCUGUCAUAUCCAUGACCGGGGCCGGAAUAUUAGAAGGAGUUCGGCUAGACCUUGUCCACGAAAACAGAACUAUAUGUCAGGUAAUUGGAAAUAACACCUAUGUGGCGGCAGACAUGUGGAUAUUCUGGCAGAUUCCUCAGUACGCGCUGAUUGGUCUGAGUGAAGUGUUUGCCAGUGUUGCAGGACUCGAAUAUGCUUGUUCCCAAGCUCCUCGUACCAUGCAGGGCAUAAUCAUGGGUCUGUUCUGUUUCUGCACCGGCAUCGGAAGCUUCCUAGGCACUGGAUUGCUCUUUGUGGUCAAGGACUACUUGCUCUCAAGCAGCGACAUUAACACAGGAUCAAGCAGCGACAUUAACAAAGGACGACUGGACCGCUACUUUUUUCUCCUGGCUGGAAUUCAGGCGGUGACGUUCAUAAUAUUUACGGUAUUCAAAAAUAAGAUAGAGGUCAAGAGACCGAUGAUGGUCAUUCCUCCGCAAGAAUCUCUCCGUCUGGAUCGCGACACAUAGAUCACUUAUAGGUUUUAGAAACCAUUGAAACAAUAAUUUUACAAUAAUAAAUUGAUUUUAUAGUAUAAAAUCAUAAAUUAAAUCAGUUUGAUUUAUCCAAUUUAAUUUUAAAACCUUCACAAGGUAUUUUUUUAUGUAUACAUAUGACGACUUUAUGAAAACAUACAAUGUAUGAUGCUCUUGUCUCUUAUACAAAAUAUGUAAGUAAUUAUUAUGUUAAAUAUAGAAGCAAUUUUUUAAAAAUAAAUCAAAUGUUAAAUUACAAGAGUUAAAAAAU